AUGUCCCCCAAAACCGACCGCCUCAAAGAUGAGGGCUCGCGCACGCAGGUCGUCGCGGCCGGCGCCAUAGCCGGCCUGACAGCACGAUUCGUCAUCGCGCCCCUCGACGUCCUCAAGAUCCGUCUCCAGCUGCAGACGCACUCGCUGUCCGACCCCCUCUCCCAGGCCCCCCGGGGCACGCUCCCCACUCUACGUCACAUCAUCAAGAAUGAGGGCGUCCGCGCCCUCUGGAAGGGCAACGUCCCCGCCGAGCUCCUCUACGUCUGCUACGCCGGCAUACAGUUUGGCACGUACCGUUCUGUCACACUACUCCUGAAGAAUAUCGGCGGCAUGCCCGACACCGUGGAGAGCUUUGUCGCGGGCGCAAGUGCUGGUGCUCUCGCCACGGGCUGCACGUACCCCCUCGACCUGCUCCGAACACGGUUCGCCGCACAGGGCCGGAGAAAAGUGUAUGGCAGUCUGGCCGGCGCCGUGCGGGACAUUUAUCGCCACGAAGGACCCGGUGGAUUCUUCCGUGGGGUCGCCCCCGGGCUGGCCCAGAUUGUUCCGUACAUGGGCAUCUUCUUCGUGACGUGCGAGGCCCUGCGCCUCCAGCUCGCGGGUCUCAACAUGCCCUUUGGCUCAGCCGACGCGACAGCCGGCAUGAUCGGUGGCAUCAUCGCUAAGACGGCCGUGUUCCCGCUCGACCUGAUCCGCAAGAGGAUACAGCUCCAGGGGCCCACGCGGAAACGAUACAUCUACGGCGACAUACCAGAGUACAAAUCGGCCACCCGCGCUCUGGGCAUGGUAGUCCGAGCAGAGGGCGUGCGAGGGCUUUUUAGAGGGCUGCCCGUUGCCCUGGUGAAGAAUGCGCCCACCAGCGCGGUCAUGGUGUGGACGUACGAGCGUGUCUUGAGUGUAAUGAUAGCGUCCAACGAGAAGGUGGAAAAAGUGAUACCCUGA